AUGGGCUGGGGCCUUGUGGUGGUCCUGCGGAAGAAUGUCCGACGUGGGGAUUCUGUGCCAGUGCCUGACCCUGUGGACCUUGUUCUGGAUGUGGCCCUUGUGGUGUUACCCCCUGUGGAACCGCCUCCUGUGUUGUGGCCGACAGUUUCCGUGCCCCUGUCCCCUGUUCCAUCAGCGGCGGGGUUGCUGACUAUUCGACCUUCGUCUUCGUGGUUCCCUGCUCUGGUGCGGUCGCCUCUGGCCGAGCCGCCACGUGAUGUUGUGGUUCCGGAGUUUAUGGAUUGCCCACGUCGGCGUGGCGAAGGAACCACAACUGGCCAAGAGGAACCUCAACUGGCCAAGAGGAACCACAACAGGCCAAGAGGAACCUCAACAGGCCAAGAGGAACUUAAACAGGCCAAGAGGAACCAUAACAGGCCAAGAGGAACGUCAACAGGCCAAGAGGAACCUCAACAGGCCAAGAGGAACUUCAACAGGCCAAGAGGAACCACAGCAGGCCAAGAGGAACCACAACAGGCCAAGAGGAACCACAACAGGCCAAGAGGAACCUCAACAGGCCAAGAGGAACCACAACAGGCCAAGAGGAACCACAACAGGCCAAGAGGAACCUCAACAGGCCAAGAGGAACCUCAACAGGCCAAGAGGAACUUAAACAGGCCAAGAGGAACCAUAACAGGCCAAGAGGAACGUCAACAGGCCAAGAGGAACCUCAACAGGCCAAGAGGAACCUCAACAGGCCAAGAGGAACCUCAACAGGCCAAGAGGAACCUCAACAGGCCAAGAGGAACCUCAACAGGCCAAGAGGAACGUCAACAGGCCAAGAGGAACCACAAGAGCCAAGACAAAGCUUGGUACCAAUAA